UAAAAUUGCAUUUGAGCUGAUUGCAGUCGCGACUUUUCUUAAAUUUAGCUCACGCAUUUAUUACAUAAGCUUUUCUUUGGUAAUCCAUUAACUAUACGCUUUUCUUUUCACCUCCUCCCACUCUCGCCCACUCUUCAUUUGUCAUUUGCAGCUGCUUGAGGUAAUGUAAAGCCAUUUUUGAUUGGAGCUCGAGAUCAAGAAACCGCUUCCGCUUGAUAGAACUGUGCCCAAUUGUUGUGCUAGUAGCCAAGCUAUCAGAAUGCAGCCGCCGCCGCGUAAGGGUAACUAUGUGAAAUUCCUCAAGAAUUUGCACACGGAGCAGGUGGCCAAGUUGCAGCUAAAGAAUCAGCAUGAGUGCGAUCUACUGGAGGAUAUACGGCAGUUCACCAUCAAGCGAUCUGCCAUUGAGAAAUCAUAUAGCGAAGGUCUCCUCAAGAUCUCGUCGCAGUAUCUCAAUAAGAAAAUCCCAAAUAUACCCGACAUUAAAAUGGAUGGCAUGGAGGAGCGUUGGAAUAUGUGGAGCGUUUGGCGCACAGUGCUGGAGGAGAAUGAGAAACUGGCUCGUGCUCGACUGGCUGCCAUUGAGGUGUUCCAGCAACAGAUUGCCGACGAGGCCAAAGUGCUGCGGGAUUAUAAGCUGGCCAUUGCCAAACGUUCCCUUUCGGGCAUUGUCAAUGUGCAGAAGGAACUGCAUUUGAGCGUUGGCGAUGUGGACAAGACCAAAAAGUCCUAUUUCGAUGAGGAGCACUGUGCACACGAUGUUCGCGACAAGGCCAAAGAUAUUGAGGAGAAGUUGAAGAAGAAGAAGGGCUCGUUUUUCCAAUCCAUCACAUCACUGCAAAAGAAUAGCGCCAGAGUGACUUCCCGCAAGGAAUUGCUCGAGGAAAAGUCUUCGGGAGCACGCAAUGAUUACGUACUUAGUCUAGCUGCGGCCAAUGCACAUCAGAAUCGCUACUUCACCGUCGAUUUGCAAACAACGAUGACAACCAUGGAGAAUUAUGUAUUUGAGCGAGUCGCCGAGUAUCUUAUGCUAAUGGGACGCACAGAGCUACUCACCUGCUCGGCCACGCAGAACAGCUUCGGCAAGAUACGGGAUCAGGCGCAGCAGUUGACGAGGGAGUACAAUCUGCAGUGUUGCUAUCUGUUCUAUCCGGUGCUCAAGCAGCACAUUCAGUACGACUUUGAGGCAUGCGAUAAUGAUCCAGUGCGUAAGGUGACCGCAGAGCAUGAUUCUGCAGCCGAGACGUUGACCAAGGAGGCAAAGAACUUGGCUGGACGUGUGGUGAAGGAAAAUGCUUCAAUACGGGAGUAUGCCAAGAAGUUGGCAUUGUGUCAAUCGUUGAGGGAUGCUGGUCAACGCACAGAUCCCAACGAUCCAAAUGGCCCAGAUCUAGAUACCAAAAUCGAUGAGUUCCGUGACCAAAUCCGUCGCUCCGAGACGGAAAAAGCCAAGGCCGAGGCGUGUCUGCAGUGUCUGCGCGAUGGGGGCAUCAAUGUGGACGAAUGGGUGCAGGAGGCAGAGAUUAUGGGUGUGCAGGAAUUGACACGCUCCGCCAGCUCGAUUUCCAUGCGCACCGAUGCUUCCGGACAGGGUGAAAAUCCCAGCUCAGAUUCGUUCUACGACAGUGACAAAGAGGAGGCAGCUGGUGGUGCAGCUGCUGCUGCUGCUAAGCCCAAACAGGAGACACAACUGUCACGGGAUCGCACCUUCAGUGACAGCGAUGAGGAGCCAGAGGAACGCGAACGUGCUCAGCCAUCGACUGCGGCACCUGUGCCAAUGAUGGCGGCCAGCGGAGGCGGUGGUGGUUGGGAUGAUCCAACUGAGGUCAAUUGGGAUGCCGAGGAGGAGGAUAAGGAUGAUCCCAUUGUGCCAGAGCCCAAGGAGGCCAUCUUCAAGUGCACAGCUCUCUACAGCUAUACGGCACAAAAUCCGGAUGAGUUGACCAUCGUUGAGAAUGAACAGCUUGAGGUGGUGGGCGAGGGCGAUGGAGACGGUUGGCUGCGUGCCCGCAACUAUCGCGGGGAGGAGGGUUAUGUGCCACACAAUUAUCUGGACAUUGAGCAGGAUGCGGCCGGUGGCGCCUUUAAUGGUAGUUCAGGCAAUCAAUUGCGCUCACAAAUCUCAUUCUCAUCUGUCGAUUACACCGUUGACAAUGAAGAUCAAACGGUGGACUCUAUGCAAUCACCCGACCAGGUCUCUGUCAUAAUGGCACCACAGAAGCGCGUCAAAUCCGAUGUGGAAUGGUGCAUUGCGCUCUACGAUUACGAUGCAACCGCCGAGGAUGAGCUGACCUUCGAGGAGGGCGACAAGAUCAAGAUCAUUACGAAGACAGCGCACGGUGUCGACGAUGGUUGGUGGGAGGGUGAACUGGAUGGUAAAUUUGGCAAUUUCCCAUCGCUGGUCGUUGAGGAGUGCGAUGAGAUGGGCGAGCUGCUCAGCGAUGGAGGCGACGAGUCUCCGCCACCGAUGGCACCACCCAACUUUGCCUUGCCCCCGGCCCCCGCACUGCCGCCAGAGUACGCACAGGAGCUGUCUGACAUAACGGAGGAUAUGUUUGCCUCACAGGAUACAGCUGAUGAGGAUAGGGACAGCGGUUAUAUACCAAAUGGCGCUGCGGCUCCUAGCAUGCCUCCGCCAGUUCUUAUACAAGAGCCUGGCAUGGAGGACGAUUUAAGUGACGAUGGGAAGUCACCGCCAAGCAUGCCGCCCCCACAAUUAGCCAAGGGUCCGGAGGGAGGUGCGGCCAAUGGCGGCGCUACUGCGAAUACUUUGAACUUAGGUAUGGCACAAAUAAUUGUUACCGCUGCAACCCCAAUGGUUGAAGACGGUGCCGAUAAAUCUUUCCCACCAGUAGGAGAGAGUGAUCAGUCAAAGUCCCCUGCGGCUAGCGAUAAGCAGCAGCAACCCAAAGAGCAGCCCGUGGUCGUAGAUAAAAAGCCCGAUAUUGUGCCGAAGCCAACGGCAAAAGUGUUGCAACAAAAGCCACAGCAGCAACAAUCUCAAUCAGCGACAACGACAACCGUAAAAGAAGGUAAAGUUGCUGUCGAUGGUGGCGGUCAAGUGGGGCCAGCUGUAACCAUAACACUGACAGAGUAUCAUGUAUCCUGUAACGCAGAGGAUCAACCGUCUAGCCAGGAUGCCACUGACUCGGCCUCCGAUGAUGUGCCCGUCCUUCCCGAAGCCGAGGAUCCCUUCACCGAGAAAUCUAAUUCCGGCGCUUCGGCAUCUGAAGGCGGCAGCAAUGCGUUUGAAGCCAACUUUGAGGCCAAUUUCGAUGCUAAUUUCGAUGAUGCAUUUGCCGGAGGCGGCGGGAGUGGCGGAGGUGGAGGUGGAGGCGAGAAGUCUCACGACUUGGAUAUGAAUUGCGAGGCAGCUGCCGAAGAUGUCAUUGAGGCACCCAAGCAGGUGGUCGGUGGAAGAGCAAGCAUACCGGAGGAAUUGGACUCCAAUCAAUUGGCUCGUUUGGAGAAUCUAAAAGAAUCGAACGCCUAAAGAAUGUCAAUGUCUUAGUCUCCAGCUUGUCGACUUUAAUGUUGUUCGUUAUCUAUUAGGCACUCAAGCAAGAGCACGAUACCUUCUAUAUAGACUAUACUCACGGUCAGUUAUAGAACAACCACCACCAGCAGCAACACCACUGAACAAACCGCUCUGUUUGCAUUUACGAAUGUCUCUACACAGAAUUCUAACCGAGAGAGAAAGAGACGCUUUGUCUUCUAAUCCAAUACACAAAACAAUUAUAUGCAAUAAUCAAUGAAGUAACAAAACAUAAUACAACGACGCCAUAGUGUACACAGCUCAAUGAUCGACAACCACCAUAUACAUCUAGAUAUACUUACAUAUAUCAUACAUAAAUACUUCAUAUAUCACUGUUUAUAUAUGUAUAUUAGUUUGUAAUAUGUUAAACUCUCUGAAAUGCAAAUGAUAAGUAUAACAGGCGUGUUCCGAAUUCCACAAUAGCAACAAAUUCAACACAUUAUACAGAGGAUCGCGAUAUCUUUUGAUAUAUAGCUCAAACUUGAACGUUUCGUAAAGAAUACUUAAUCUGUUUCUUUGUAGAAUUGUUGAGAAAGCGAAAUUCGGAAUGCGUCUUUAUAUAUAGGUAUAUUGAAAUAUGUAUAUUAUAAUCGUUUUUUGGAUAGGCAACUGUCGCAAUCGUUGUACUUGUAGUUCUCUCUCAGUCCCCGAAAAGGAUGUUCGAAUAUCAUCAGUUAAUAAUCGAGCAAUAAUAAGUAUAAAUAUAUAUGUGUGUAUAUAUCUAAGUCAACUAUAUGAUAACAUAUAUGUAUUAGCGAAAGACUAUAUAUUUUAAAUUGUUUCAACGCUUAAUUAACAAUAGCAAUAUCAGCCAAAAACAACAAGUAUGUACUUCAACUAGCUCAGAGAUAUUUAUUAUGGUUUACUGAACACACGGAUAUCAGAAUAUAUUUUAAUGUUAGCACAUCUAUGUAACUUACAUAUAUAAGGAAUUGUGACCCAUCAUAGGAAAUUUCACUUUAUUAUUUCCCGAAUAUAUAAGCACUAUAGCAUUGUUGUAUGUUGUUAUUUAAAGUUGAUUCUAAUUAGUUAAAUUAUUUGCGUCUUUCGGAGCGAACAAGUUUAGUCAAAUUAUCUCGGUUUAUACCUGAAAUGCCUAAUCAAAUUUUGCAAAUCGAAUAACUAAAAGAAAACAAAAAAACCAAAUACUCAAAGCUUAGAUCACAAGAUGAAAC